CAGAAUCCAAAAGAUCUUGUUUGUCUGGUACAGUUUGAAUAUGUGGAGGUUUACAGGGGCAUUGGAUGGAAGAAAAAAUAUCAUGCACCAACAGAUUUUUGUUUCGCUCUAAAGGUAUGCAAAUAUUGUACCUUUUAUCUCCUUGAAUCCAUUACCCUGAUUUUCUUUUUAUUUGGUUUUUGAUGAUGAAAUUUCAUACCUAAAUUUAUCUAUAUUACUACAAUAGAUCUAUACAAAAGAUGUAAAAAAAUUUUAAUUUUUUCUUCCAGCAUCCGCAGAUACAGAAGAAAACAUCAAAGUACAUUCGUUAUUUCUGUGUAGAGACUGAAAUAGCACUGGACCAGUGGGUCAUGGGUGUGAGAAUAGUAAAAGUAAGAAAGUUUUGUUUGAAUCACAAGUAAUCUUUUUUACUUAAUAACUGUUUGAUCAAGAUUCUACAUUUUUGAGAGAUAAUUGUGGGCUACAAAUACUAAAUUGAAAUUUUUAUGCUACAAAGACAACUAAGUUUCUAAUGCAAUUAUUUCACAUUAUUUCCCAUCCGAAAUUGUUAAAUGAAUCUAAUAAUAUAAAUAGUUUUUGUGCAACAACAUUUAAUUCAAAUUUUCUUGUAAUAGGAAUUUUAAGUAUAUUUUGAAAAAUUAUAAAUUUCACCUUAAUUUAAUCUGUCUUCUUCCAAUGCCAGAUUGGCAAGCAGAUGUUACACAACUAUGAGCGUCUCACUCAUGAAAUCUCAAUGUGGGACCUUAGACAACCUGAGCCUGGUGGAAUGGCCGCCGAUGAAGCCGUCUGCCAAAUGUUAAACCAUGCUGACCUGAGUGACAGCCGCAUGUCAGUUCCAGAACCUGGUGCUAGACAUUCUGUAAUCCAGGUACACAACACGUCUCUCAUUCGCAACUCUACAUCUGGUGUUAAUGAGAAUACCAGAGAUGUGAUAAGCAUUGAAGUUUUAGCCAUCCCUCCAAGGAAAGGCUCAGAAUCUGGAAUGGGUUCGGAUGGAAGGUGAGUUUGACAUCCAUUUUGUUAUGAUCUAAGUGACAGUUAACUGUACGUACUAUUUAGAGAUUCAAAGCAAUUUGAUAAAAACAAAUUUAUGAUCCUGAAACAAUAUAUCAGAGAGAGGUAUUUGGUAGUCACUACCCUAAAAAAAAAUAUGUUCGAUGACUUCUUAGCCCCUUGAAAUAAUUUCAAUAUAUAAAAACUAAUAAUACUUUGCCUGAACAAAUAUUUGGUGUUGCUGCAUUCACCAUUUGCUGUUUUUAAACAAAAAAUUUUUUUUUAAUUAUUGCACAGACUUUGUUUCUUAUUGUUCAAUAUAAUAAAUAAUGAAAGAUAUCAUUAACUUAAAAAACUAUAAUUCUUUGCCAAUGUUGUUUUGCUGUUGAUAUAGUUUUAAUAAAACAGGAUAAGUCUUCUUAGAACAGAUUUUAAUUAAAUGAUUAAAUAAUUUAUUGAAUCAAAGAUUUGAGACCAGUUUCAUGGUAUGAGGAAAUCUCUCUUUUAUAAUUGGCUCAUGGCUUAGUUGCAACAUCAUCCAGUCAAUUAUUAAAGUUCAAGUAACAUGCCCUAAAUUUGUUUCCCCAUACAUUUUGAAAGUGACAUUUUACUGAGCGCUUCAUAAUAUUUCUAAAUGUUUUUUUUUUUUACUUUGUAACAGAUCAUUGAGUGGUUCGGUUGGUAGCUCAUCCAUAGGAUCCAGUGUGUCUGAGUCAGGUCAUAAAACUCCAGUUAAACGUGUGUCAUUUAGUGCCACUCACAGCAUAAUCAAUGGGGACUCUGUGGAACAAGUUGUCAAGCACAGGGACUCCAUCAUCAGUGCUUCAACUGAUUCCAGUGAAGACUCGAACUCGAGUGGUGAAAUCAGACCUGGAGCUAGCUUCAGAGGAAAAAUGAGACCAAGGCUUCCUGUUACCACAGAGACCACAAGGCAGCUUGCAGACAUGUGCAACGUGACAAUGGAUGAGAACGCAGAGGCUAUUUAUGCAGAGACACAUCACAGAGGCAGUUCUUCAGCAUCUUUUGCUAGAAAUGACAGACGUCGAGCCUCAAUGCAAGAGCGCAGAGGUUCAUGUGGGUCAGCUGGUUCAGAAAAUAGUCAACGUAGUACGCAUGCCAAACAUACUCCACUAUCACCAUCUCUUAAACAACACUCCCUGGACAGCGGGGCACAAACAGCGCCAGCUCGUGUCAAGCAAAGCAGUCCUGGGCCAGGCGAGGGCCCUUAUCAACAUGUGAGACGAAAAAGUGAACCUUCAGUUGCAGCCAUCAUUGCAACAGGCAAGGAAGAAUCAUCCAGUUCUGGCUACUCACCCGUCUACUCUCCUCUCAGAGAAGAAAAAGACAUGGAGGGAUUGGAGUGGACAUAUUCAUAUACCAAUGACCAAACCCACCCAGAACCACUGUACAAUCAAAUCAGGAGCCCCACAACAAUACGACCAGCCAAAGCUUCUAGUGAUAAUUCCGGCAUACCACCUCCACCACCACCACAGUUCAGGGAAGGGGGCAGCACCCAUAUACCCUCAUUCUCUCAUCCAAAUCAUGAAACAACUCCACCCCCGCCCCCACCUGUUCAUGUACAGUCUAUGCAAGUACCACCCCCUCCCCCUCCGCCAUCAGCAAACGGGUCAGCGGGAGCAAACAUUCAAACAGCGGACAAUCAAAAAAUUCACGAGCUUCACUGUGGCUCUGCAGCUUUAUCAGCACAUCCAAAUCAUCUGAAGUCAUCGCCCCCUGCAACCCUUCCCAAACCUCUGAGUAACCAAUCCAUCAGCAACGGCUCAUCCACUCUCCCUUCAGUGCUUCCGAAACAUCCACCGCCACCCCCAAUGCGUUUAUCCAGCAAUGAAUCCACCUGCUCCUCCCGUUCAGGGGUGGAUUCAGUGUCAGGCUCCCCUCUUCAUGUUCCCAUCCCUCCACCCAUGCCGCCGAUAACACCUAAGCUUCCACCCCCAACUUUGCCCAAGUCAUCACAUGCCACAUCAUGUGCUUUAGGAAACAAUGCAAAGUCACAAUCGCCAUCAACACCCACCCCAGGAGAUUUACAGAGUAGAAAACAAAAUGGCCAAUCUGAUCUCUCAAAGGCAAAAUUUAACAGCAGACAAAAUGUAUCAAGUGAAGAACUGGCUAGCUGUCCACCACAGUCGCCUUCCUUACCAUUCUUGUCUGAACUUUCCAAGAGAAAUUACUCAGAUUUAGGGGAAGAAAACUCAAAUGUAGAGUUCAGAAAUGGGCAACCAUCUUCCUCAGCUCAGCAACAUCGCAGAUCAGCUUCUGCUGGUGGGGUAGUUGGCAGAGGGGAUAAAAAAUCUGCUCCACCACCCCCACCAAAGCGCAGUGAAAAUACACGUUUAUCUGCAGAAUUGGCCAAGCAGCAGCAGCAACUUUCUGAGAAUAUACAAAACGGAGCUGUUCCACCUAUUCAUGAUCCAAUUUAUGAAAAUUUCGAUGGCAUUAUGGAUAUUGAUGAGCUGCCGCCCCCUCCGCCAGAGCUUCUCAUGGAUUUCCCUGCAACAGAAUGUGACCAACAAAGAACUUCCUGUACAGGGAAGAAACCCAAACCUCCCCCUCCACCCCCCAAACGAUCCAAAGAUACUCAGCUUUCCAAUCAUUAACUGUAAGAUGCAGAAUGCUUUUAACUUUCAUCCUUCCUGUGUGGACACAUUUUUUCAGUCACCAUGAUGUCUGUGUUAUACAAAAAAAAACAAUACAAAAAAAAAAGGAUAUCACAUGACAUUGUUCUGUUCCAUUUGGAAAAUUCCAAUAAUGAACAA